GCGGGAGGCGGCGAGCCCGGGCGCGGCAGGAGCGGGGCGGCGGGCCGCAGACGGGGGCCAUGGGCAAGGACUACUACCAGACGCUGGGCUUGUCCCGCGGCGCGUCGGACGAGGAGAUCAAGCGGGCCUACCGCCGCCAGGCGCUGCGCUACCACCCGGACAAGAACAAGGAGCCCGGCGCCGAGGAGAAGUUCAAGGAGAUCGCCGAGGCCUACGACGUGCUCAGCGACCCGCGCAAGCGCGACAUCUUCGACCGCUACGGGGAGGAAGGCCUGAAGGGCAGUGGUCCCAGUAGCGGGAGCAGCAGUGGUGCCAACGGGACCUCUUUUAGCUAUACAUUCCAUGGAGACCCCCACGCCAUGUUUGCCGAGUUUUUCGGUGGUCGCAAUCCCUUUGAUAACUUUUUCGGGCAGCGGAACGGAGAAGAAGGCAUGGACAUCGACGACCCGUUCUAUGGCUUCCCCGGGAGCAUGGGGGGCUUCACCAACGUGAACUUCGGCCGCUCCCGCCCUUCCCAGGAGCCUGCCCGGAAGAAGCAGGAUCCCCCCGUCACCCAUGAUCUCCGGGUCUCACUCGAAGAGAUCUACAGCGGCUGCACCAAGAAGAUGAAAAUCUCCCACAAGCGACUGAACCCGGACGGAAAGAGCAUUCGCAACGAAGACAAGAUCUUGACCAUCGAAGUGAAGAGAGGGUGGAAGGAAGGGACCAAAAUCACCUUCCCCAAGGAAGGAGACCAGACCUCCAACAACAUUCCAGCCGACAUUGUCUUUGUUUUAAAGGACAAGCCACACAACAUCUUUAAGAGAGAUGGCUCUGAUGUCAUCUACCCAGCCAGGAUCAGCCUUCGGGAGGCUCUGUGUGGCUGUACAGUGAACGUCCCCACUUUGGAUGGCAGGACCAUACCCGUCGUUUUCAAAGACGUCAUCAGGCCCGGCAUGAGGCGAAAAGUUCCCGGAGAAGGCCUCCCCCUCCCCAAAACACCUGAGAAACGCGGGGACCUCAUUAUUGAGUUUGAAGUGAUCUUUCCCGAAAGGAUUCCCCAGACGUCAAAAACCGUACUCGAGCAGGUUCUUCCAAUAUAGUCACCUGCACUCCCCAAGGACUGACCAGGGACCUUUCCAGAGCGUGAGGAUUUCUGGACCGUUUCACCAGUUGUGGGCCCAGGGAGGGCUUUCGUACUGCUGAAUGUUUUCCAGAGAAUAUAUUACAAUCUUUCAAAGUCGCGCACUAGACUUAAGUGGUUUUUCAAGCGAUAGGGUGGCAGGAGGUGAGGAGUGCAGGAGAAAGUGCCCAGUCUGCCCCACUGGGUCCUGUGGUCCUUCCAGGGUGGACCGCACCCCUCCUCAGCCUCCCCCCAGGGUGAGAAGCAGGCCUACAGCUGGACUUGACCCUCUAGUCCCUCAUCCUCCAGCUGCUAGGGGGGCCUAACCUGCCACCUUAGUUACCAGCCCCAUACAUGCCUCCCCUUCCAUUACGUGAUAAGUCCAUGUUUUAUUCUGUAUUUGUCUUUGAUGUUUUGCUCUUCCUCUGGAGACUCCCGUCUUCCAUUUUGCCAUCUCAAAUUGAGAACCCAGACUAUCUCUGCAGAACUGCCUGGCCGGUGCCCACAAGCAAUACCUCCUUCAAGCGGGACCAAGGGAGCCGGCCUCAGUGAGUGAGUCAUGCAGCAGCCUCUCCUGCUGAGGCCUGGGAGCCCAGCUGGAGCAGGGAGGGGCCCUGGGACCCUGGCUCUGGGGAAGCUGAGAGUGCUUGCUGAUGGCUCUCUCCGUUUCCUUUCCUGUCAGGCAAUCUCCUGGCACACCUGCAGCGUUAACAGAAAUCCUGGUUGGUUUUUUUGUUCCCUUCUGAACUAACGGACUCUAGACUCUUUCAAAGGGAUCUGAUCCUUUUGAAUUUUGCACAGCCCUAACUAUAAUCCCUUUUGAUAAAAGGGUCUUUGCUUCUGAUUACAGGAGCACUGUGGAUCGCCUGUAAAUAUGUUUUUAUAAUUCCGUGUAAAGUUGGCAUGCACGCAAACGAAGCCAGUCCCCGACGGCUCCGGCUCUGUAUAGGGCCAGGUUGGAAUUCAGAAGAAAACUUGGGGAAAAGGGGCAUUGGAACGAGUGUCCGUCCCCCGGAGGCCAGUCUGGUGCUCAGCCCUUCAGACUCAUUAAGUUGCCACUGCCAACACAAGACCAAAAGGUGUGACCUGUCAAUGCGCGGCGCGUCGGCAUUAAAGACUGAUGCUAACUCGGGAGCAGUCCUGCGACUCUGUUUGAGGGCUCUGCUGGCUUGGUGGGGGGGGGGGGUUGUCUCUGCAUGGGCGUAAGUCUCCUGGGCCUGGGGUGAGAAGAAAAACCCACCCAGACUCCAGAACCAGACAUCUAAAGAGACCCAAGUGCAGUGGAUUCAGAGUUGCCUCUUUGUGUUUUGUUUGUUUGUUUGUUUUUUAAUAAAUGUUGGGGGAAGAGGGGCUGGCUCCUACUUCUGUCUUCCAGGUGCCCUGACUUCCUCCCUCUGGGGAUGGUCUGGGGCCGAGGGAUGGUGUGCGGUCUGCCUGCUGAGUUCCAGUCUGUUCCUUUCUUGCCAGGACAGGCUGGGUGUCAGGCAGGCCUGGCCAGACCAGAACCAGAAUUCCAGCAGCCAGGGAGUCGGCCCAGGCCCCACCCCAGAGCAGAUCUACUUCCUGCCCUCGCUUUAUUUGCAGGCCACUGAAGGUACUUGUUCUUUGUAGCUUUAUUUGAUGAACUGGUUUUAUUAUAAAGUAAGCAGCUACCCAGACUUCAAACAGUAUUGCUGCUUUGGUACAAAACGUCUCGAAGUCAACACCUAAUUGGAGUAGGGAUUACUUUGCCUUCCAAUUGAAGCAGUUGGAUCUCUGAAAACAGUCCAGGGGCACUGCUGUCCAGUAGUUUUUCUGCAUUGGUGGGAAUGGUUAACUAUUUUAUUUAAACUUCUUUAAAAUUCAGUAAAACUAAAAAUUGUGUUCUUUGGCUGUGCUAGCCACUGGUGGCCGGUGGCUCCUCCUGGACCGCCCAGGUCUAGGGGGAUCUUUGCCCAAAUACAAUUCCUUAGUCUCUUAAAAAAAAAAAAAAAAGUGGCCAAGCCAGGAGGAGUCGUCUGGUCCAAAGGUGUUCCCUGGGAUAGCAGAGCCAAGCGAGACCUUACUGUAAAAUCUUUUAUUGAGCAACCUUGGGCCUCGGUCACGUUCACGUAGAGCUGGCCUUGGCCUCAGUUGCUUCCCAGGUCCCCAGGGCUGCCAUCCUACCCAGUCCCUUUCAUUGCAGAGUGGGUCCCUGUGUAUUUUAUGUCAAAGCGCCUCUGCGAGAAAGCACAGAGCCUGAAGGUACACAGGGUCCUGGAUGUUGCCACACAGCUGGCCUGGGGUGCCAGUGAAGGGGAUAGGUGUAUGGUACUUUGUGAAGAAAGUUCAUGGUAGAAAAAACAAAACCAGCAUGAAGAGAGGCUGUUCUCUGAGAAGGUUUUCUACAGGGCCAGUGGGUGUGUUUGCAGAGGUACCUUGUGCUUAUGCAAGAAACCUUUUCUGUCGCUGGCUUGGCCUUCUUUUCAUGUAUUUUGUCUUUUCCCACGCCGCCCUCGAAGCUGGGCUCUGAACUCCUUGCAUGUCAGUACACGUGGAGCUUCCUCAUUCUUCAGGGACCCACCUGCAGAAUAAUCCUCUGUACUCAGCAUUUCAUCUGUACACGAUCUGCACACAGUGCCGAACUAAAACUGCGUGUGCAUCGAACAGGGUGGGAACGUCAGCCCCCCUUGUUGUCUCCCCCAGACCUGCAGUAUUAUAAGUUAAAAUAUAGUAUUUUACAUAAAAUGCAGCUGAAAAUACAGCCGUGUAUUUUAACUUAAAAAAAAAAAAAAUGGCCUUCGAGAGGAAGAGUCUG